AUUGAAAUUUCCUUUGGCAUGUUUGGUCGGUCGGUCGGUCUCUCGCUCGCUCGAAGAAUCAGAGUGGUUGUUGUCGUUGUGGAGUCGCCACUCUAGCCACCUUCGUGUUUGUUUGUAAUUCAUGUCUGUGGCGCGCGCGCGCAGCAGCAGCGUAGUUAAACAUUUUUUGUUUAAAUUCGGUGUGAAGAUGACUUGAAACAAUCAAAAUGUGAAGGCAAAAUGUACAUAUUAAAUCAUCCAAAUUUAAUACGCCAAAAAGAAAGUUUUGCUCGUGUAGAAAAGUGAAAGACACAUAAUGGAGCUUAGGAUUAUUUAAAUUUGUGAAUUCACAACAAACAAAUGUGUCUGCAAAAGCAGCAAAAAAGAAAAAAAAUUAUAAAAAACAAUAACAAAGAGCAAAGAAAUUAAAGUGACUUAGUGAAUAAUGUUGAGAGCGCCCACACAGCAAAUUGUGGAACUUGGCUUCGUUUCAACCACAGACAACGAGAAGAGACAAGGCAAAAGCUUACUGCAAAAGCUCAAGCAGCAACAGCAAAAGCUACACCAAUCAGUAGCGGCAACUGCGACGCAAACGGAAGCUGCUGAAGCAAAACAAAAGAGAGCAGCAGUAUUGGCAGAUUAUUAUUUUAAGCAACAGCAGGCGCACACAAGCGAAAAUUGUUUGAUAUUGCUAGCCAAAACAUUCCCCGAGGCCGCAGUGAAGGAGGAAGAGCAAGCGCAUCAAAAGAAAAAGAAAAAAGAGCAUACAAGUUACAGCUUUGCGACGGUUUUGCGGCGAAACAACAAGAAGUCAAAAACAACAGCAGCGACAGUAGCAGGCAGCACUGGAACUGGUUUUCGCAGCAUUAAUAGUAGCAGUAAUAAAAGCAUUAAUAGUUUUAUUAACAACUUUAACAACAACAGCACAACUUAUUAUAAAAACAGUAAAAACUGCAGCUCCAGUUACACCUCGUCCCGCGUCGUCGGCAACAACAACUACCUAAAUAAUUAUAAUUGCUCGGCAAGUGAACAACAAGCUUGGAAAACAUCAUCAGUAACAGCAAAAACGAAGCACAAACAGCUGUUCGUUAAUAAACAUAACAGCAAUAACAACAAUAUGUCACCCACAUCACAAGCUCCCACACGUACAUCGCUGUUCGAUUCCUGCCAUCGCAAGAUUCGCCUAAUUGGCGGCGGUCCAGUUGCCUUUUUGGGUGGUCUAGUAGCUAAAGCGCGUCGCAAAGAGCGUGAUGGCGAUCAAAAUUCAACAGACACCAAAUUAUAUUUGGAGGAGAGCGUCCUAGAACGUAAGCUACCUGAAGCUGAUCUCAAAGCCCUUGUGGAUCUUCCAGCUGGCUUGGACUACAAUGAAUGGCUGGCGUCACACACUUUGGCUCUCUUUGAGCACGUUAAUUUGGUCUAUGGAACUAUUAGUGAAUUUUGUACACAGUCCGGUUGCGCCGACAUGACAGGACCGGGCAACAGAACGUACUUAUGGUUCGAUGAGAAGGGCAAGAAGACACGUGUGGCGGCGCCUCAGUAUAUUGACUACGUGAUGACGUUUACACAGAAGACGGUCAGCGACGAGUCGAUAUUUCCUACCAAAUACGCAAACGAGUUUCCCGGCUCAUUCGAGUCGAUCGCCCGUAAAAUUUUACGCUUGCAAUUUCAUGUGAUAGCGCAUCUGUAUGCGGCGCAUUUCCGAGAAAUAGCGCUGCUCGGAUUGCACACCCAUUUAAACUUGACGUUCAUGCACCUUACGGCGCUUCAUCGUCGCUUUAAUUUGAUCGAUGAAAAGGAGACGGAUGUGCUGCGCGAUCUAGAGGUGGCGCUGCGUCUUACUGACGACAACAGCAUCUGUGGUCAGGAUUCGGCAACUGACUCUGGCUCCGCUUCAGCAUCAGCAUCCGCUUCUGUAUGCGCCUCCAACUGCGAUCAGCAUCAACAUCGCCAUCAUCAUCAUAAUAGCAGCAGCAAUAGCACGUCAUCCGCCGAGGCGCUGCACUUAAAUUCACAAGGAAACUGCGCCUUAGCGUCCCAUAUCGAUGGCGAUGCUGUGGCGCCGCCCAUUUGCACGCAGCCAGAGGCGGGCGCGGCUGGCAAGCCGCCCGGCAGCAGCGGACUUUUGGGUGGCAUAUUGGGGGAUCUUACCAGCGGUGAAUUUGGUGAUACAACGCGCUACUGCACCUCAGCAGUUCCCCCGCCUCAGGUGGCACCAACGGAUGCAGCUGUUAACACCGUAGUAACAACAACAUCUUUGAACAACGGCGCCGGCGCAUUACAUUUAAAUUUUAGCAACAAUAAUAGCAACAACCACAAUUUAAAUCACAUGAAUCAUCAUCAUCAUCAUCACCUGCACCAUCUGCAUCAGCAUCAGCACCAUGGGCCUCCAGCGGCGACAACGGCGCAACAUAGUGGCCUUAUUCAAUGCAAUACGGCGGGCGCGACAUCUGUCGCGGGUAGUGGUGGUGGUGGCGUCGUCGGUGGUGCCGGGGGCGUUGCUAAUAAUACAACAGCAACCACGUAGUGCGACGACCACAAUAGAAACAGCUACCACAACAACAAAAAACAUUAGAAAUACUAGAGUUACGGAAAAAUGUUAUUUAAUGUUAUUACUUCUAUGAUCCUAAAGUUGAAAAUAUUGUAUAAAUAAUAAACACAAGAAGCAAAAGAAAAAUCGCAAGCAAGAUAGCAAGUAUAAGUGAAGGGGCAACAACCAAUUAAAGAACGCAAUGCGUAUCGAUGAGCGAUUGAACUUGUCCGUUCUUGUAGAUUUAUAGAGCACACACAUUUAUUCUAAAGUUAAAUAUGUUAUAGAAAGCUGCAAGCUUCGACUAAGAGAAAGUUACGUGAAUACAGAGAUACAAAGAGAGAAAGGAAGGAAGAGGAAACAGUUGAAAAAUAAAUAAAACCGGAGGAGUAUCCUGCUGGACGCUUAACAACCUUUAUAAGUAUUCCCCAAAGCCAACCACAAAUGACAGUUAUAAACAGGCAUAGCCUAAUGGCGACUAUAGCACAUUAGUUAUUAAAGUACAAUUAUAACAGAUAUGUCACAGAAUCUAUAAGGUUUAGUAAUAAAAACAAACAACAACAACAUUUGUAAAACACAUACAUAUGUGUGUCGAAUCUUCAAUUUUCACCACAAGAUUUCCUUGUUCGCCUUUUGUCACAAACAGCCUACUAAACCAAUACUUAUCCAAAACUAUUUGCGUAUUAAAAUUUCAAUUACUAGAAGUGUAUAUUUCACAUGUUGAAGUUUUCCUUUUCAUCGCAGAGUUAUUAAAUAUUGCUAAAUUAUAGUUAUUUGAAGCGAAAUGUUUUUUGUAUUAUAUAAUAAUAAAUUCCAUUGCGGUCUUGAGACUGAUAAAUUUUUAGAUGCUGUUUCUUCAAGUAUUUAUCUGAUAAAAUAAAAUGACUAAAAUAAAAUGUCAUAAAAUUGUAAUUCUGCAAAUGCUAAGCUUAGCUUCUGGUAUAAUGCAAUAUUUCGGGCAAUUUCAUAUCGCAUCAAUGUUCAAUUCCUAAUCCUCGCAAAAGCUUUAUACCACGUACUUUAUACUUGUCUGUACCGAUUUUCCUAAAUCGUAAAGUAUGCACCACCUUAUGUACGUAUGUAUAAAUAUAAAUGUAUAAAUAUUCCACGACUUAUGUGACACACAUCCAAUGCUGCACGAGUUUUAAGUAUAGCCUCAAGGCAGAAAAUAAAAGCUUCGAGCGUUACUGAAGUUUGCGAUAAAACAUAAGGCCACAAAAUCUUUAAGAACAACUAAACGAAAACCCAAGUUCAAGUUCAGUGUAUUUAUAUUGUAUUAUCUUUUUUGUGAAUGUAUGGCUUAGAGUCCGUGUGUAUGUGUGUGUACUUAAAACAAAUACAUAUGUAUAUUACAUGUGCAUUGAGUUCCUCUAUCUUGCUGUAAAGUCCCAGAUAUUCUCUGCCCGCUAAAAAGUUUCAGAAGCAUGAACUAAACCUCUAAUCUACUUUUGAUUUGUUCAAGGCAAUUUUAUUGAAAAUAUUGUUAAAGAGUCUAAAUUAAUGCAGAGGAAUGAAACAAAAUCUUAGAUUUUGUGCAAGAUUUCAAUCGAAAGAAAUGGA